GAGCAGAGAGAACUAGCCCUUCUACGUCAGAGGGUGGAUGAUCUAGAAAAAAUCCAGCAGAAACAGAUGGAAGAACUGGAAUGUUUAGAGCCAAACAACCAGGACAAAGCAGGCUCCGCAAGCUGAUGUUCAACCCUUACACUUAUACAGAGGUGAGGUGACAUGACCUCCUCGGCCCUCAAGCAGUCUUUCGCGCUCGGGGGGAGCCUGAGCUUGCCUGCCGGGGCCGAGUCGGAGCUUCAGAAGAUGCUCGUCGACGAGAGGACCAAGUGUGAGCUUCAUCGGGGCAACUACGAGACGUUGAAGGCGGAACACGGCGGCUUGCAGGAUGAAUUCAUCCAAGUACAAGAGGAGGUGCGGCACAUGCAGGCGCAGCUUGAGAGGCUCCGACUGCAGUUAGCUGAGCGCGCAAGAGAAAUUCUGGAAAAAGACAGGGAGACGGAGCAGCUCAGACUGCAGGUGAUGACUCCUCAACGGCUGGAGUUGCUCCGAGUUCAAGUGCAACAGGAGAUGGAAGGCCCGGUCAGAGAGCGCUUCUCCAAACUGGAAGAGGAGGCAGAGAAGUACAGGGCCGAGUUCAAUAAGCUGCGUUAUAGCUACACCGUACUCAAUGCCCAGUUUGAACACCAGAAGGAGGAACAUGCUCGUGUUGUGGAAGAACAAAAGCUACGCUAUCAAACUGAGAUAGCUCAUCUGGACAAAGACAAGGAGAAUUUGAUGAGCCAGUACCAGAAUGCCGAUGCGCAACACGACAAGAAACAAAUGGAGGUCGUGCUGAGGGAGAAAGCCCAGCUCACCUUGCGCUUGAAGGGUCUGCAGGCGGAGGUGAUGGAAUUGCAGGCCCAGAAAGAGCACUCGGAGCAGCAGGUGGAGAAUUUGCAGCGUGUUCAGAACCGGCAGAUAGCGGAAUCGCAGGCUGCUCUCAAAUCGCUGGAGGCGGAGCGUCAGUCUUUGCGCGCGCGGCUAGAGCGGCUGGAGAGCGAAUUGAGGCUUAGCCAUGAGCAGAACGGUCAGCUCACGGGACAGCUGCACAAAGCUGAGAAACAAGUCAACUCUCUCAACGGCGAGAUUGAAAGCCUGAAGCACUCGCACAAAAUGGAGGUGGCGAGCAUCAAACUGGAGUGCACCCGCUCCAAAAGUGAGCUGGAGAGGGAAAGAGACUCACUAAAAGGACAAAUGGAGGGUCUACAGACGGACCUGGAGGUGCUAAAGCACACUGUGGAGAGACACAAGGACGUUGUCGUCGAAAAAGAGAGGGAGGCGGCCAGGAAAGUUCAAGCCGCUCGCGAUGAGGAAAUCUGCAACUCGGCCGUCUUACAUGAGGAAAAGCUAGAAUUGGAACACCGCCUCGCCGUGUUGGAACAGCAGAGGGCACUGCAGGACUCUCAAGAGCAAGCCCAGAAAGACGAGUGGGAAGAGCGACUCCGCUCGGCCCAAAGAGGAGAAGACGUUUUGCGGAAAGCGCAGCAGAGCCUCAAAACUAAAUUAAAGCAACAGAGCGCUCAGCUGGAAGAACUGGAGAGGCAGACGGCCGAGCUGUCGCACUUUAAGCAGAAAAAUCAAGAAUUGUGCGCCGAGCUAGCCGCCUCGUCACGGUCUCAAGCCGAGCUGACGGACGAGAACCGGCGUCUUCAGGCCAAAGUGGACGCCGUGAGGGAGGAGCUGAGGGCGGCCCGAACGCAAGCUGAAAGGAGCCAACACGAGGCAGAGCGGCGAGUGGAGGAGAAUCAGAUUGAGUGGUUGGAAGAGAAACAUCAACUCCAAGAGCGAGAAGCUAAGCUGGAGCAGAAAUACUCGCAGCUGAAAGACAAAAUGAAGAGGGCGGCGGUCGCCCAAAAGAAGAGAAGAAACCAGACCGAAUACAAGGAGAAGAACUUGCAGCAUAAGGUCCAACUGCUGAAGGCGCAAAUGGAGGAGCUGAAACUGGAAGCCGCAGCCGCCAGCAAACGUCCGCUUCACUCUGAGGAGAACGCACAACUUCGCAGAAGGUUGCGAGACUUCCAGCGGCGACACAACGAGUUCCGGCGCCUCCUGCUGGGAGACCAGGCUAACUUCACUUUCGGAUCCGCUCUCCUCACGUCCACUCAAAAUCCCUUCCUCAUCGACGACGCUGCGUCCGUUGUACAAGAAGAAGAAGAGAACAAGGAGAUUACCCUGCUACGUGAGAGAAUGGAUGAGCUGGAAAAAGCUCAGCAGCGGCAGCUGGAAGAACUGGACGGGUGCGGGUGAACGUCAACCAAAUAAAUUAGGCUGGAUAUUUUUGCAUGAACUUAUUAUUGACAGGUGCUCAGGUUUGGUGAUGUUUAUUGUUUACACUCUAUUUAUACAUGUUAUGGAUUUGCCUAUCAUCGCUUUCUAUUGAAAUGGGUAUUGGAUUAUAAUUUCUAUGAAUAUAUCACACCUUUUUUUCUUUUUUUUUUUAAUGCCAUAAUUUUUCAAAUAUAAUUUGCCCUUCCCCUGCACGGUGUUCUAUAAAGUACACCUCGUAGGUGUGUAUAUAUAUAUAUAUAUAAUAUACAUGUUUGUGUGUGUAUAUGUAUGCUAAUGAAACAACCAAAGCUACCUUAUGAACUGAAAUGACAAGGUGGUGUCUGUGUUCAUAGCAGAUUAAAAAAUGCUUACUCUCA